AUGUUUGGGCGUGGUUCAUUGGUGAAGAUAGGAAAUGCCACGUCUGCUCUUAUUAAUGGGCCUUGGAAUUUAGAUGUAUUGGAUAAUAACCAGUCAAAUAUUAGCGUCCCACUUGAAUGUUCAUCUCAUGCCGAAUAUAUACCAACAAAUACUGUUAAUAUGUUGUCUCUGGUGAAUGAAAGAGAGGCUAAUAUUAGUAUAUUGCUAUCAGAUAAUGAUCCAGUAUCCCAGAAUUUAUUAAACUGCCAAAGUAUAUGGAAAUAA